AUUUAGUUUUGAUGAUGUGAUUUCUCUCACUAUUAUCAUCAACUAUCAAAUUAUAUUUGCAGUGGAGAAGGAAAGAAUAUCUAUCUCUCAUUCUCUCGUGCCUCAACGCUUUUUUAACUCCUUUCGCUUUUCCAUUCCAACCUCUUUCACACUUCAGAUCUGUUUCUUCAUCGAAAUUUUGAAUUGGAUGCUUAGGCCUACGCUCCACCGUUGUUCAAGUAAAUGGCCUUUGUCACCACUGCUGAAGUGUGUGAUGCGAACCCACAGUUAAUUUUGAGUGGGGAGCUUCGUGCCCUUCAGCCAGUUUUUCAGAUUUAUGGUCGUCGACAGGUUUUCUCUGGACCUAUAGUUACCUUGAAGGUGUUUGAAGACAAUGUUUUGGUUCGUGAGUUCCUUGAAGAGAAAGGCAAUGGAAGAGUUCUAGUUGUUGAUGGAGGCGCGAGUUUACGCUGCGCUAUAUUGGGUGGCAACCCUGUGGUACAAGCUCAAAACAAUGGAUGGGCAGGUAUUAUUGUGAAUGGAUGUAUAAGAGAUGUGGAUGAGAUCAAUGGUUGUGAUAUUGGAGUGAGAGCCCUUGCUUCCCAUCCCAUGAAAGCCAAUAAGAAAGGCAUGGGAGAGAAGCAGGUCCCCAUAAAUAUUGCUGGGACAAGGAUCAGUGAUGGGGAAUGGCUCUAUGCAGACACUGAUGGAAUUCUGAUCUCUCGAACAGAGCUGUCUGUUUGAUUUCAAUUCAUGAAUACUUCAUGUAAGGACUAUAUUUAUGGGCAGCACACGACCUAGUAUAGUGCAGUUCGGUACUUGUGUUCUUGACCCGGUUCCUUGCUUCCACAAAAUUAUAACCGAUAAAAUCCCCUUGAUAAUGAAAGUAUGUUGGAAUGUUUGUCCAUUUCAUACCAACAUUAUCUGUGUUGUAGCUUGUUUUAAUGGUUGUCUGUUACUAAGUUUGGAGAGAUAUAAGUCAAAAGUGCAAAGUAUACACAUAUCCAUAUUUUGACCAAAUGAUCUUAUUGUAGUUUGCUGUAAGAUGUUUCGGUCUAGAGACCGGAAGCAGGAAAGAUCUAUCUUGUGCUUUAAAUUUGGUUGGAAACGUCUCUCCUUGUCUUUUUUUUUUUCCUUCCAAAUAGCAGCAGCAGCAUAAGGAUAUUAACUGAUGUAGACACUAAAACUCAUGUAUUUCUCUCCUUUGUAUUUUUUAGAUUUAUCUGUAUCGAUUAUUAUACUAAAAUUCUACUGCA